CUGGGGAGAGGUAAAAUGGCAAAACAUUUGACACCAGAUGAGAUGACAUCGAAAGAUUACUACUUUGAUUCCUACGCUCAUUUUGGCAUCCACGAGGAAAUGUUAAAGGAUGAAAUCCGAACAUUAACAUACAGGAAUUCGGUCUACCACAACAAGCAUGUGUUUAAGGACAAAAUUGUGCUGGAUGUGGGAAGUGGAACUGGGAUUUUAGCAAUGUUUGCAGCCAGAGCUGGAGCCAGGAAAGUGUUUGGGAUUGAAUGCUCCAGUAUUUGUGAUUACUCUGAGAAGAUCAUCAAGGCAAACCACUUGGACAACAUAAUCACAAUAUUUAAUGGUAAAGUGGAGGAAGUUGAACUGCCCGUGGAUAAAGUUGACAUUAUAAUCAGUGAAUGGAUGGGCUACAGCCUCUUCUAUGAAUCAAUGCUUAAUACAGUUAUUUUUGCAAGGGAUAAGUGGCUGAAACCUGGAGGACUGAUGUUCCCUGAUCGUGCCACACUUUACAUUGUUGCCAUUGAAGAUCGACAGUACAAGGACUUCAAAAUUCACUGGUGGGAGAAUGUUUAUGGUUUUGACAUGACGUGCAUCAGGAACGUUGCCAUAAAGGAACCUCUGGUAGAUAUUGUGGAUCCUAAACAAGUUGUGACCAAUGCUUGUCUCAUCAAGGAAGUGGAUAUCUACAAUGUGAAGACCGAGGACCUGUCGUUCACCUCUACAUUCUGUCUUCAAGUUCAGCGAAACGAAUAUGUUCACGCUUUGGUCACGUACUUUAACAUCGAAUUUACAAAGUGUCACAAGAAAACUGGGUUUUCUACAGCUCCUGAUGCUCCAUACACACAUUGGAAACAAACUGUAUUUUAUUUGGAAGACUACCUGACUGUGAAACGGGGAGAGGAGAUCUGUGGAACCAUAGCAAUGAAUCCCAAUGCAAAAAACAAUCGUGACCUGGAUUUCAGCCUGCAGCUGGAUUUCAGGGGCCAACUGUGUGAAGCCUCUCUCUCUCACGAUUACAGAAUGCGUUAA